AUGUCUGGGGUGAAAAGGAAAAUAGAGGACAAAGAUCCUGACUAUGAGGACAUCACUCAAGUGCAGGAGAACAAGAGGAGUAAAGUGGUGGAGCAGAAUGCCUGUGAAGCUGCUGUGCAGAAGAUUGAAGCGAUCAUCAAGGAUCAGUUUUCUCUGGAGAUGAAAAAUAAAGAGCAUGAGAUCGAGGUCAUCGGGCAGGCCUCUAAGAGUGACCCAUCUGUGCUGAACCACCCUGCCAUAAAACGCUUCUUGGAUUCCCCCUCCCGCUCCUCGUCUCCACUGAACCAGAAUUCAGAGACGCCAUCACAGGUCCACUCUGAGACCGAAUCCCUCAGCCAACAUGGCGAGGCUGGGGAGAGGGAGACGGACAGUGGGAGAGAGGAUGGCGCUCCACGUGAACGACGACCUGGCAGGAACACAGGAAAGGACACAUUUGGUGUACCAUCGUCCUUAGAGCGGCACGUUACUUACCACACUACAGGAGAGGAGGCUUCUCGACUCUACAUGAAGAAAACCAUUGUUGUGGGCAACGUAUCUAAGUAUAUUGCCCCUGAUAAACGUGAGGAGAAUGAUCAGUCCACUCAUAAAUGGAUGGUGUAUGUUCGAGGUUCUCGUAAAGAGCCCAGUAUCGAUCAUUUUGUGAAGAAGGUCUGGUUCUUCUUGCACCCCAGCUACAAGCCCAAUGACCUUGUGGAAAUCAGUGAGCCACCAUUUCACUUGACCCGUCGAGGGUGGGGAGAGUUUCCUGUCCGCGUGCAGAUUCACUUUAAAGAUCAACGGAACAAACGUAUCGACAUCAUCCACCACUUAAAGCUUGACAGAACAUACACAGGUUUACAGACUUUGGGAGCUGAAACGGUGGUGGAUGUUGAGCUCCACAGAAACUCACUAGGUGAUGACUUCAUCCACUCUGCCCCCUCAUCAUCAUCAUCAUCAUCAUCAUCUUCCUCUCAUCUGCUGUUUGUGGGCGGCUCUGGUUCGUCCUCCUCCACAGCUGCCCAAGGCUCUCGGCGGCCCUCCUCUCCCUCUCAGCACACUCAUGAUGAUCAGCCCAGCUCAGAUAGAGUUCCAGGUGUGACUGUCAAGAGUGAGUCAGUGCGUUCUUCAUGUUCAGAACGAAAUUCGCAGUCAAAUAGGACUGAGAAAAUCACCCUUGGUUCCCACGGAAACUCUGCCUUUCAGCCAAUCACGGCCAGCUGUAAGAUAAUUCCACAAGGGCAAGUGCCCAGUCCCGCUGAAUCACCUGGGAAAUCAUUCCAGCCGAUCACGAUGAGCUGCAAGAUUGUGUCUGGCUCUCCUAUCUCCACCCCUAGUCACUCUCCUCUCCCCCGGACAUCAUCAUCCACGCCAGUGCACAUGAAGUCCAGCCCCUCAGUCAUAAAUAACCCCUACAUUAUCGUGGACAAACCAGGACAAGUCGUUAAUAUGGCUGCAUCGACAUCUGCAGCUACAGGUACAGGCAGUCCGUCGGCCAAGCAGAGCAGCACAGCCCAUGGUGCUCGAUCACCUGCUCCUAAAGUUCACACCAGCAGCUUCCUGUCCUCUGGGGUCAAGGUUAUAAUAAAGCAAGAACCAGGAGAGGUGCCCACCCAGCCAUCACCACAGCAACAGGUUGUCUCCACAGCAACAUCCCAGCAGCAACCGCAGUAUGUGACAGUGAAGGGCGGUCACAUGAUAGCCAUGUCACCGCAGAAACCGAGUGGGAUGGGGACUGGAGGAAGUGCCACAACCAGCAAGGUGUUGGGGAUUCCACUGGGCUCUGCUGUCAAACAGGUCUCCAUGAGCAGCGGGCAGAUCUUGGUUGCUAAGUCCAGCCCCUCUGUGUCCAAGGUUGUGGGCCAAAAGCAAGUGGUGGCACAGGGCAUCGCUAAGGCAAUUGUCAGUGGAGGAGGCAGCGGUGCAAGCGGCAUCACGGGACAGCAGGUGCAUGCUGUUACCAAGGCAGCAAGUGGGUCUGGAGGAAGUGGCAAGAGUGGAGUUAUGGCCACCCUACAGCUACCGGCAAAUAACUUGGCAAACCUGGCCAAUCUGCCUCCGGGAACCAAGCUCUACCUGACCACCAACAGCAAGAACCCAUCGGGCAAAGGCAAACUGUUACUGAUCCCUCAGGGAGCUAUUCUGAGAACCUCACACAGCGCAGGCCAACAGUCUCAGAGUUCUGGUUCUGGAGGGUCGAAGUCCUCCAGUGGGUCCUCAGGGUCUGGCAGCCUGCCUUCCAAUUUAUCCUACACUUCUUACAUCCUCAAACAGACUCCUCAGGGCACGUUCUUGGUUGGCCAGCCAGGGGGCUCUGGGAAACAGACCUCUGGUAGUCACGUGGCAUCAAGUCCUGCAUCCAGUACCCAGCAGGCCAUUCGGGUCACAGCCGGUCAGAAGGCAGCCAUUUUGGCUCAGGUGUGUAACAAAGUGGUGGGUGGGUCUCAAGGUUCUCAGGUGAAGCUGUCAGAUGGCUCAGUGAAGAUGGUAACAGCUGCCGCAGCAAGUCACCUGAGCAAACCCGGCACAACCACCCUGAGAAUGACGGGAGGUGUCAUCACUGCCACAAGCUCAACCCCAUCCACACCCAGUGCCACAUCCACCUCUCAACAGUCAGCAGAAGCCACUGGAGGAUCGUCCUCUCAGCCAUUCCCUCAGAUGGCUAAAGCGCCACCGCAGCACCCUGUGCUUGUAGCUGCCAAUCAAGCUGCAGUGAUCAGUGCGGCCAAGAGUGCCAGCUCUGCCGCCAGCACAGUAAAGAGUUCUGCCUCUGGCACUGGUACCAUAGUCACAGUCGCCAAGAGCGUCAACAUGCCUCUCAUUAGCCUGUCGAAGGGGGUGGGGUCAUCUGUAGUGGGCGGGUCCAAAAGCUCAAGCCCCUCACUGCUCACUGCAGCAUCACUGAUUAGUGGAGGAACGGUCAGUGGGAAAACUGCUGCCACCAUCUCAGGUAUGUUGAAGUUGCACCCAGCUCAGUCCAGUUCCCAGCAGACAGUUCUGACCAUCCCAACUAACCAGCUGAAGCAACUCAGUGUGGGCAGUGGGUCCUCAGGGCUGCAGACCAUCUUGAUGCCUGUCGGCAAAGUCAUGCAGUCUGGUGCUAAAGGUGCAUCUGGCAGCAACACAGGUGGAGCUGCUUCCUCAGCAUCCAUACCUGUAGCUCAAGUUAAAACUGAACCUGGUUUGGUUAGCUCCACUUGUACGACUCCAGUACUCCAAACAUCUGCCCCAGCCUCUACAGCACCCACCUCUGGUCCCCUGCCAACAACCCCCACAUCCACAGAUGCAGCUGCGACUAUUAAAGUCGAACAGGGCAUAGAAUCUACAACGCAUGAACUUAUCAAUACGGAGCAUAUCGAGAACAUGACACAACUUCUGACGGCUAUAGUGAAGAAAUUCCCCCUGAUUGUCCCUGAGAAAAAUGAGGACUCUCAUCCGUUCUGUGCCACCUCUGUGGAUCAGUACUACUCAUGGAACAUUGGCAAACGCAGAGCUGCAGAGUUGCAACGAGCAGUGGCUGUGCGCCGUGUGUGUACUGAUCUGUUAGAGAGGACCCCUCGGCUUCAGGCCCUCACUCCACCCAGAACCAAAGAGGUGCUUCGCUGGUGCCGUCUCCGUGGUUACACACCCCCUGACCCUGAACCUCAGCGCACAGAGGAGGACUCCAUCGAGGACAUACUCACACAGAUCGACAGUGAACCCGAGUGCAGCUCAACUCUGACGGGCUGUGAGGAGUUGUCUCAACGUCUGAAGCAACUUCAGAGGAUUCUGAAGGCGGAGCCUGAAGACGAGGAUGACGAGCCUCUUGACAUCAUCAGUGUGAAAGACAUAGAUGCUGCCAAGGUCAAGAUUAAGCUGGAACAGGAAGAGGCUGAACAGGAACCCAAGUUCUUCUUGGGGCGCUGCCCAUCAACCCAGUUCAUCAGAGACACGUCGGAGCAGAUCGGCGUCACACUGCAGCAGGUGGAGGUGGAGAAGAACAUUUUUGCUCCAGUCGUGGAGACCAUUAUUCUUAAGGCUGUGGAGCAGUUUGCCAGUGAAAUCCUCAGGGAGUCUUUGGCCAAUGCCCAUGGGAAAUCCCAACAAAACAGAACUCCAAGAGAGAUAUCGGCUAUGGACAUGCAUCAGGCCAUUAGCUCUAUUCCCACCUGUGAUUUUCUGACUAAUAGGUACAUGGGCAUCAUGGUGAAGGAUGAAGGCCAUGUUGACUAACUUCACUCCUUGGCACCUGACCACAGAAGGACAGGUGAACUGUCAUUUACUGACUCCUCCCCCUCACAUUAUGUAAAGGUGGAGAAUGUGCAAGGGCUGACCAAUCACAGGUGCAAAUGCCCUCUUACUUGCCGGUGUUAUAAUAGAAGCCAGCCAUUUUUACAACAACAGCUGUGUUUUAUAUGAGGGUACUAAACCCAAACAGAGCUUGAUACGCAGUCUGAACAGCAUUUGUUUCGUAUGGCUACAUCAGUCUAUUUAUUUGAUUUUCAUGCUUCCUUUAUGAAUUCUGUGAUAUUUAUGAACUCUGGUCCAGUACAUGCAACCAUCAGUACAAUAACUACAGUACAGUGUUAAUGAGCAGGUACAGUAGACGCAGAAGCAUCUGCUCUAUUAUUCUACUUUGAUUGUGACCCUCAAUCUCUGCAAACGAAAACCCAGGAUCACAUGACCCUGCUUUGCUGUUGACGGCUGUUUUGCUUGUCUUAGUCUUAAAGGAAUAGUUCACCCAAAAAUUACUUUUCUGGAAUGAUUUUCUCACCUUCAUUUUGUUUGAAAUGGUGUUGAGUAAAUAAUGGCAGAAAUUCAGUUUGGGGUAUUUCUUGAACCAGAAAUACAGACAUUAAAUGAGCCACUGAACAGUUAACUGUACUGUUUUUCUGUUCUGAAAUGGCAUUAUCGAGCAGGAUUUGUUCGGAGAAGUUGACUAGUUAUAUGUGAAAUCAUCCAUUCAUUAUCUUUUUAACAAGUCUUAAUUGAUCGGCUCAUUCAGAUUAAAUGUCCAUUUUGAGUCGCACGUCUUCACUAGUCUUCACACUAGGGCAAAGAAUGUCUAAGAAAAGUCUUAAUCAUGUUGUUUUCAUAUGAAUCAUUUUCGUACUGCUGUGGGAUUUAUGAAGGAUUCAACUUCAGUGAGUGUGGAAGUUUUUUGUGUGUGUCAUUUGGGGGCAUUGAGGAAAAUGUGCAGAUUGACAGGAGGCAUUUGUGUAUUUGCUAAAACAAACUAUUGUGUCCUCUGGUUUGGUGGGCUACUUCGUGUCAUACAGCUAGCAUCAGUGUCUGGUGUGUUUGCGUGGAUGGGAGAGAAUGUAUUACUGUGUGUGUUUAUUCAGUGUUAAAAUCUUCACUUGUCUAACCAAACUCCUGAAUGUUUUUCUUUCAUAUUGUGUAUCACAAAAUAGCUAUUCUUGUAUUAAAAACGGUCAGUCUCCCACUAA